GGGAACGAAACCUGUAUAGGGGAGAGUGGGACUUAGGCAAGGGACCCCUUCCCCCAGGGCUUUAGGUAGUUUGUCACGUAGCUGGGGCUGUCUGCCACCCCAGCCCCCCUUCCCUCCCCCUGGACACAUACAAAGGGAACAAAGGGAGAGAUACCUGGUGGCGGGAAAAAAGGGGGCGGGCUGGGGGAGGUAAAGGGGGCUGGUGCAGAGAAGGGACAGAUGCUUAAGGAGGAAACCAAGCCAGGAGCAGCAGACUAAUUUUUGUUUUUGUUUCAGGUAGAUCUCUAAGAGCUGUGCGGCAAGAACUCAUCAGGAUAUCUGCUGGAAGAGAUCCGGUCAUCGCUGAGAUGGAGGUGAAUGCGGCCCAAGGGGUGAAAAUCGGAGCGACGAAGAGGAGAGCCAUGAUGCCCAGGAGGUUCCGGGAAGAGACAGAAGGCUCGGCAGGGGACAUCGCUAGGCCCAAGAAGAGGGUAAGUUGUUCCAUGCAGGUCAGGAGUCGGUCAGCGAGCGGUGGAUGCGGCAGAAGAGACGGCGUCGUCGGCGAAGAGGAGGAAGCAUCGCGAGAACGAGAACCGGAUCAAGAUGACGUCACUUCUGGGUCGACGAACAGCGAUGAACCGGUGGUGCGGAAAAGGAAGAAGUUUGGAGGCGCACAGAGGAUCGAGGAGCAGCACAACAAGGAGCAUCCAAGGAAGAGGCAAUGGUAUAACCAGAGGAUACCUGGAUGGGCAGUGGGACAGGAGUUUCCAUAUUGGGAUGGUUAUCGGGUGCCGAGUCUCCAGUUUAGAAACAGGGAGGAAGAGGAGAGCUGGUUGCAGUGGAGGAAAGAAAGAACACAAAGACAAGAGGAGGAGGCUGGCCCAUCAACAAGGAGGGAAAAAGAAGCCUAUCCAACAAACACAAGGGUGCAGGAAAAGCAGAAAGAGGAUACAAGCACACAGAGACCAAUCGUGGCAACCGCUACAAAGGAGGCACCUAUGGCAAGGUGUGGAUCUGCUGUCAACAUAUUGGUCAUAGGGCACUCAUUUAUUUUUUGGGCCAAAAAGCAUGCAGCAGGGCAACAGCUGGGGUUACCAAAGGAACACAUGAAGUUGGCAUGGCAGGGUUGGAGAGGUAUGAGAUGGGAGCAACUAAAAGGUAGGUUCUAUAACGCGCUCCAUCGAGUUAAUUUCGUGCAUUUAGUUAUAAUUCAUACAGGGGGAAACAAUCUCACGUCAAAAAAGACUCCAGCACUCAUAGAGAACAUGAGGGCCGACUUGGCGGAGAUGCUGGAAAACAGGAAGGUCGGGGGGUUAGCUUGGUCAGACAUUAUACAGAGGAGCAAUUGGAGGGGGGCAAUUUCACCCAAAGGCGUGGAGAAAGCUAGAAAGAAAGUGAACCGGGCCAUGCAUAAAUUCAUGUGCUCCUUUGGGAAAGGUAUCAUAAGGCACGACAACAUAAGAAGUAAGCAACACCAGUUUUUUAGGGAAGAUGGAGUUCAUCUAUCAAGGGAGGGUUUGGAUCUGUUUUUAGGGAACAUCGGGUCAUUUAUUCAGGAGUGGUGGAAGUCACAGGAGGUAUAGGUGGGCCAUGGAAAAGGACAAAUGGUACCCCUCCCCCCUUUUCCAUUGGGUGGCGGCAGUGCGGCUCCAGGAGAAAAGACGGUUACAGUGCAGGCCUACCCUUUGGAGAGUCACUAGUGUGGAGCAGACUUUGACUGCACGGUCUUGUCUGAGUCAUGCAAGGGGCUGGGGUUAGCGCCAGUUAUGCACACGGUUGGGAGCAGGAGGAUGGGCGACUGAUUGGUCACAGAGGGCGCUUGGCCCCAUGAUCCCUGCUCCCUGUGGUUGUCUAUUACGGUGUGGGCACAAUGCCCAGGUUGGUGAUAGGAGCCGCAGCUGGGGGUCAGGGGGUACCUAGUCCUUUUUUUUAGCAAAAAGUAAUAAAUAAAGAAAGUGACUUCCACACAUAUUUUGCACCAAUUAAGUCUCUGUGUCAUUCUUGAGGGGGAUGAGAGAUGCCCCAGGGGAUAGGGGGAUCCUUGGCCUAGAGGGAACGAAACCUGUAUAGGGGAGAGUGGGACUUAGGCAAGGGACCCCUUCCCCCAGGGCUUUAGGUAGUUUGUCACGUAGCUGGGGCUGUCUGCCACCCCAGCCCCCCUUCCCUCCCCCUGGACACAUACAAAGGGAACAAAGGGAGAGAUACCUGGUGGCGGGAAAAAAGGGGGCGGGCUGGGGGAGGUAAAGGGGGCUGGUGCAGAGAAGGGACAGAUGCUUAAGGAGGAAACCAAGCCAGGAGCAGCAGACUAAUUUUUGUUUUUGUUUCCCACCCUCCCACCCUGUAGGUGGAUGGAGGCUAAGAAGGUGCUCCAGGGUCUUCGGACCGAUCGCCUAGAUGGGGUCAGGAAGGAAUUUUCCCCUGCGAUGCUAAUUGGAAAAACACACCGAAGGGUUUUUUCGCCUUCCUCUGGGGCAUUAUUAUAUGUGAAGUCAAAGGUACUCCCUGAAAUCAGCUGCGGCUACAAAUGUGUGGGGGUCAGCGGCAGUGCGGCUCCAGGAGAAAAGACGGUUACAGUGCAGGCCUACCCUUUGGAGAGUCACUAGUGUGGAGCAGACUUUGACUGCACGGUCUUGUCUGAGUCAUGCAAGGGGCUGGGGUUAGCGCCAGUUAUGCACACGGUUGGGAGCAGGAGGAUGGGCGACUGAUUGGUCACAGAGGGCGCUUGGCCCCAUGAUCCCUGCUCCCUGUGGUUGUCUAUUACGGUGUGGGCACAAUGCCCAGGUUGGUGAUAGGAGCCGCAGCUGGGGGUCAGGGGGUACCUUUUUUUAGCAAAAAGUAAUAAAUAAAGAAAGUGACUUCCACACAUAUUUUGCACCAA